AUGGUGUUAUCUUCGGCACCUGAAAGUGGUGGAGAGAAGGUAGGGAUGAUGCAGGGCGGACUUGAAGAGAAGAGAGACCCACUUAUAAAUUCCGCUGGAUGUUACGCGUGCUACGGGGAGAUUGCGAGUAUUGUGGCCAGCACCCAAGGUUUGUAUUAUCAUCAGACAAGAGGCAACGGUGGGACGGAUUUGUUGAACCGCAUAUGGCGUUCGAUGGGGGAAUUGUUGGAGGAGCAGCUUCUCUUAAAAAGGUCCUGCAUCGUGACGGAUUUCUUCCAUGCGAGCGUUAAGGUGCAAAAUAUCCAGUACUAUGAUGGAAAACAUGUUUUUUACAAACUCCAGUUGGUACUUUUGCCAGACUUUACCUCCAAGUUUCACUUGCAAAAUGUUCUUACCAUUGCGGAUGCCCAAUAUCAUGCAAGCGUGCCGCAUAUCAUCAGUUACUCCAAAAUUGCGGAUCGCUCUGGUACCGAUCGGUUUGUGGUGGAAGCAGCCAUAAUAGACUCCACGCGUGAAAUUGGAAAGUAUCUCAUGCGUAACGCGAAAAGUGUUCUUCGUAUUGACAUUGGAAUCGCCUUUUUGGAAUUCCGCGGUCGCGAGUACCGCAUCAAAUGGACGGAGGAAUUUUUGCAACGGUUCAGGAAGGCCGUGGGGCCGCGUUCUGUUGUGUCGCCAUAUGACCCACCGCUGAUGUCACCCGCAGCGACAGGUUGCCGCUUUCAGACGGCCUGUUUGUCGGAGGAUAGCCUUCACAAGUCGCUGAUAAAUACCGUACAACGGGAAGGACGCCCGGCUGUGGUGGAGAUGAACAGCUCGGGGGGAGGAUCAUGGUUGUAA